GCUGCAAACCUGCUCUGUGCUGUCGGCUUCAGACCACUCCCUCUCUCAGUGUGCGCGGAAGAGAGCUCCCUUUUCUUUCACCGUGUUGACAGUUCUGUUUUUCUCCAGGACUAUGUGCGCUGUCGAGAAUGGCGGACACCAACGCGAUUGAGGAACUACAGUCGGAGCUCACUUGUCCGGUGUGUUUGGAGCUGUUCUCCGAUCCCGUGAUCCUCGAGUGCGGACACCACUUCUGCCAGCAGUGCAUCAUCCAAUGCUGGGAAGCCAAGGCGGACGAGUUGUCGAGUUGCCCCAAGUGCAGAAAGUCAAGCGGCCGUAAGCUUCGACCCAACUCGCUCCUGUGCAACGUCGUGGACAGUGUGCGCAGAGCCCGCGCCAUGGACUUGGCCGCGGGGACAAGCGGGUGGGCCCCUGAGGACGCGCUGGAGGAGCCGGAGGAACGAGAGCCCGGGUCCAGCAUGAGCAGCCUGGCCUCGUCCAUCGGGCACUGGCCGCGCCUGGGCAUCGACAUGGAUAUGUGCGAGGAGCACGAGGAGAAGUUGAAGCUGUACUGUGAGGACGACCAGCUCCCCAUAUGCCUGGUGUGCGGCAUGUCGAGGGACCACAAGACCCACAAUGUCAUCCCCAUUACAGAGGCCUUUGAAAACUACAAGGAUAAGCUGUCUGUCGCUCUCGAGAGGGUUCAGCUGCAGACCGAGGAGGCCACGCUCUUCCAAAGGCAGACAAAUGAGAAGAGCCUCCUCAUCAAGGAGCGAGCAGGAGAUCUGGAGGAGAUGGUCAAUGCCGAGUUUGGCCGUCUGAGGGAGUUCCUACGAGAGGAGGAAGAGCGCAUAAAGGAGAAACUGCAGAAGCAGAAAGAGGAGACGCUCAACCAGCUGGAGGAGGCGCUCACGGAGACCACAGAGCAAAUCAGCCAAUUGGAAAGCACGGCCGAGCGGCUUCGCCUCAAACUCGCAGAAGAAGAAAACCCAGAGCAACUCAAGGGAAUCAAAGAUUUCAUCGGAGGGACCGAGAGCUUGUUUGAGCGCCCCCCAGAGGUGGGGGAGGAUCUGCAGUCGGGAGAGUUUCUGGGACCUCUGCAGUACCGGACCUGGAGGAAAAUGUGCUCCGUUUUUCAGCCAGCUGUGAAAGCGGUGACCCUGGACCCAGACACAGCCUACCCGUGCCUCUGGGUGUCUCCGUGUCGCACCAGCGUCUGCGUGGGAAGAAUCCAGCCCAACCUGCCCAACAACCCAGAGCGCUUCACUCUCUACAACAUCGUCCUGGGCGCCGAAGCCUUCUCCUCCGGGAGGCACUACUGGGAGGUGGAAGUGGGCUCCAAGACAGCGUGGGGUCUGGGUGUGGCCACGGCCUCUGUCAACAGGAAGGAUGAGAUCAGCCUCUGCCCGGAUGAUGGUUUCUGGACCCUGGUGCUGAGGGAUGGCACUGACGGCACCAGCGAGUAUGAGGCAUGCACCGACUCGGAGGACAGCUUGAUAUAUCCCUCUAAACCCCCCAGCAGGGUGGGGGUCUAUCUAGACUAUUGUCGUGGGGACGUGGGGUUUUACGAUGCAGGAAACAUGAGCCACCUCUUCACCUUCUAUAAUGCAAAAUUCAAAGAGCCAGUUUUCCCGUACUUUAAUCCCUGGCCGAUUAUCAACGGACACAACCGGGAGCCGCUCACCGUAGUGACGCCACACUGGGGAUAGAGGUCUUCUUCGUCGGAGGACAGACUCAGAAUAAUGUACUUUCACACCUGUUGGUGACAUUUCGUCAGACUGAACUGCCAACUCAGUCAAACACACCGCACUCGACUUCGCCACACCUCAGGCUUUUUGAGUCGUAGCGGCUGCGAUCGUGAGCUAAUCCCACGUCACAUUAAAUCCAAGAACGCUUGCGGUGAUUGGCUGCGAGUAAAAUUAUACAAAUAGUAUUUUUUCUUCUAGAGCUGGGGACAAAAAUGAUUGAAUGCAGGUCUAACACAUGUUUACAAUACUACAAACAAAGACAAGCCUUAUGCUAUACAACUUUGUAUUGGUUGUGAAUGUAUUAGAAGUGGGUGAAGGCAUAUUGCUUGCAACUCUGAAAAGAUAUUUUAAAUUUGUAUUCACUAAUUUUUCCAAAAAUUCCUACUGAGUGUUUUUGAAAUAAUGUUUAACUUUUUGUAGUUUUAUAGAUGUUAUCUAGCCAAUCCUGUAAUUAUAAUGACAAGGAAAUGACAUUAAAAUAGAUUUAACAGAAGUAAUCAUGACUUCCAUAUGCCUUUACUUUACAUGGGACACUUACCUCUAACAUUCCUAACACAAUACAACUCUGCAAAAAAUAUUUACUAAUUCCAUGUCUUUGAAAGUUUUGAUUAGAGAAAAAACUGUCUUGAAAUGUGUCCUUUGAUUGAUAUAAUAUGAUUAAAUUUCCUCCUGAAGUUG